ACUAGCUGUCGCCUGGCAGCCGAGACAGACAGAUGCGAGGAGGUGGUCAGUUGUCCAACUGAAGUGCCACAUAAUCAAAUAUUAAAAGCUGUUCUUGAGUCCGGUGGCAAUGGCUAAAGACCCGUUGUCAGAGGCCGAGCUUCAUUUCGAUGAACUCAACAAACUACGAAUACUUGAGCCCGACGUGAGCCAGAAAACAACAGAACUGAAGGAGGAAUGCGAGGACUUUGUUGAGAAAAUCGGACAGUUUCAGAAAAUUGUAAGUGGGCUUAUUGAACUUGUAGAUGAACUGGCAAAAGAAGCAGAGACUGAAAAAAUGAAGGCCAUAGGUGCAAGAAAUCUGUUGAAAUCGGCUGAAAAGCAACGAGAGGCCCAACAGCAACAGCUUCAAGCUCUGAUCGCAGAGAAGAAAAUGCAGCUGGAGAGGUAUCGGAUAGAAUAUGAAGCGCUUCAGAAAGUUGAAGCUGAGCAGAAUGAAUUCAUUGAUCAGUUCAUACUGCAAAAAUGAGACUUCUAGACCCCAUAUUCCUAGACACAAAGAAGGAUGCUAUACAUCUGAUUCACAAUAGCUUCCUAAUAAGUGCUGGAUCCCACACUACAUUAUUUGAGUUGACCAGUUAAUAGAUGACAAUAGAUGUCGGUUUCAUUGCAUACAACUCUCUAUUGUGUGGACAUCUCCUGAAGGCACAUUUGUAAUCUUUCCAACCGUGGAUCAUAAUCUCAGAUGAAUACUAUUUAUAUACAAAAUGUUAUUUAUACUAUUUAUAUGAACAAUUACUUUGUAAAUUUGAUCUGUUUUUACAACAGGAAAAUACAGUAUUUGCAUGUUACUGUAAAUAAUUCCAUCAUGAUAAUUUCAUUUUGGGAAAAAGGUUUUAUUUUCUGUAUGAUUUGUAUUUGAACUGCUGUUUGUGACUUGAACCCAGCAAGUUUUACUUGAUCAUAUCCUUGUGGCAUUUUUAUUCUUUGUUCAAGGGACCACAGCAUAGAAGAUGCUGAAGUCCCAGAUUUGAUACAACCAAAUAGUGCAUUCAUUUAUUUUUUGUUUACAUUCACCUAACUGUUAGAUCAGGUGUGUUAUCUUGAAAUGUGACAUACUUCAUACAAAGAU